AUGAAUUUAGUGACAUUCAAUGUCAGAGGGUGUGGGAAUUUUGUUAAGAGAAGCCGAAUUCGCCAGUUGUUGCUUAGAGGGAAGACGAAGAUGUGCUUUAUUCAGGAAACAAAGCUGGAAAACAUGAAGGAGGAGUUAGUGAGAUCUAUGUGGGGGCAUUCGGCAUUUGAAUGGUCUGCCAAAGGCUCAGAAGGGAGGUCUGGUGGAAUUUCAACCAUUUGGAAGAAGGAUAUCAUAACACAUGUGUUCUCCUUCAGAGGUAAUGGUUUUCUUGGAAUUCAUGCAAUUAGGAAAGGAAAGAUUUGUUACUUUAUCAAUGUUUAUUCUCCUUGUGCUGCUUCUGCUAAAAAAGAACUAUGGCCAGAACUGUUGAAAUUAAAAGAUAGCUUUGCUGAAGGAGAAUGGAUUGUGGGGGGAGAUUUUAUUGCUGUAAAAGCAGAAGUAGAAAGGAGAGGCAGAAAUACAGGGGUGAGGUUGGAUGAAAUGGUAGAAUUUGGUGACUUCAUAGAACUCAUGAAUUUGGUUGAUGUACCGGUAAUUGGUAGCAUACACACAUGGAUAAAUCCUGGAGGGACUGCAAGUAGUCGUCUGGACAUAUUUCUUCUUUCAGAAGGAAUUAUUCAAGAUUGGAACAUCGUCGCACAAGUAACAGGGGAUAGAGACAUUUCUGACCACAGGCCUGUGUGGAUUAAGGCUAGCAAUUUAGACUGGGGCCCCAAACCAUUCAAAGUCUUCAAUUCGUGGUUCCAACAUAAGGAUUUCCUCAAGUUUGUCAAAGAAGCUUGA